UUGUGCAAAAGCAACUCUCCCUAGAAAGAAGACCUCUCUAGGCAGUAUUCAAACAACUAAACUAAGCACUAGUGAAAAGACUAAGACAGAUUUAAAAAGAAUUGGAAGUAUUAGUCAAUUAUAUACGAAGAAACUAGAUCUUCAAAUUAGUAACUCUGAGAAAGAA